AUGCCCAGGAAGUUCUCUUUCCCCAGCAUAAAGGCGUACGAGGGCACCACUGAUCCGGACAACCACGUCUCCCAAUACAGACAAAGGAUGCUCGCCGUAGCACUCCCAAAGGGGUCACGCGAAGCUACCAUGUGCAAAAGUUUCGGCUCCACCCUGACCGGACCCGCUCUGCAGUGGUAUAUCAACUUACCCUCCAAGUCCAUAGCCUCCUUCGCGGUUCUCAGCGACAAAUUCGUGGAGCAAUUCGCCAGCCGCAGGGACCUGGAGAAAACCUCCGACAGCCUCUACGAAAUCCUCCAGUACCGAGCAGAACCCCUGCAAGGCUACAUAGCCCGCCUCAAUCAAGAGAAGGUGGCUAUCCCCGAAUGCAGUAUCCCCACUGCUAUCUCCACUUUCAAGAGAGGUCUGCUCCCCGACGGAGACCUCUACAAGGAACUGACCAAAUAUCAGUCAAAUGGGAGGAAGGUGUCGCGAGGCGGGCUAAAGCGCAGCAAAAGCCAGAUCCCAAGACGAUCAGACCAGACCAAAGCGCAGCAAAAACCAGAUCACAAGACGAUCAGACCAAAAUCAAACCCGGGGAAUGUACCAGAACCGGCCGAUCGAGAAGGCAGAAGGGAUGGCAGUGUCCACGUGGCCAGACAUCUCUCACCUCUCCGUCUCAAGCCGGAGCUGGUCAAUGUUCUGAGGCAGAUGGGCCAGCAGGUCAAGUGGCCUCAGAAGAUGAAAGCACCCGACUCUUUCCAGAACCCUGGCUUCUGGUGCGACUUCCAUCGAGACCAGGGUCAAAAACCGGAGGACUGCGUCGCACUAAAGAUCGAGGUCAACGAGCUGCUUAGGAAAGGGCACCUCAGGGAAUUCCAUCCCGAUAAGUCCAAGAGCCAUCUAAGCAAGGAGACAACAGGUAAGCCCACUGAAGGUGCUCCCGUCUCGCCACCGCGACAGGACCGAGUGAUACAUGUCAUUUCGGGCGGUUUGGAAAUUAGCGGCAUAAGCCAUCCAGCUGCAAAGAAAAGCAAUUGGAACGCCAAGCACGGCCUAGAGGCAGCCAAGCAAAAAAGUCUGCUCCUAGGAACAGACGAGAUAAGCUUCACAGCCAAGGAGCUGGAGAAAGUCCUCACUCCGCAUCACGACGCCCUGUUUAUCUCGCUCACUGUAGUGAACUGA